UAGAUUUCUUAGUUUUACAUUCUCUUUCUUUGUUUCCUAUAUAAUGCAAGAAAGAACACUGACUCGUAAUAGUUACAAACUUUGUCAGGCCUAAAAGAUAUGGGAACAAACGAUACAACAUGUUCAGGACCAAUGAAAGCAACCUCUAACGGAGUCUUUCAAGGAGAGAAUCCUCUUCAUUACGCGUUACCUCUUCUGAUACUCCAGAUCUGCAUCGUUCUUUUUCUCACUCGUGUUCUUGCUUUUAUCCUUCGUCCUCUCCGGCAACCACGUGUCAUCGCCGAGAUAGUGGGUGGAAUAUUACUUGGACCAUCAGCUCUUGGGAAGAGUUCAAAGUUUCUCAGCACUGUUUUCCCAACAAAGAGUCUAACCGUAUUAGACACACUUGCAAACCUAGGACUCCUCUUCUUCCUCUUCCUCGUUGGUCUCGAGCUCGAUCCCAAAUCCCUCAAGCGAACGGGAAAGAAAGCUCUCUCCAUCGCUCUAGCCGGAAUCACUCUCCCUUUCGUCUUCGGCAUCGGGACUUCGUUUGCUCUCCGUAGCUCCAUCGCUGAUGGCGUUAGCAAAGCUCCUUUCCUUGUCUUCAUGGGCGUGGCCCUCUCCAUCACAGCUUUUCCCGUUUUGGCUCGGAUUCUCGCUGAGAUCAAGCUUCUUACAACUGAUAUUGGUAAGAUUGCUUUGUCUGCCGCUGCGGUUAAUGAUGUUGCCGCUUGGAUCCUACUUGCUCUCGCGGUGGCUCUCUCCGGCGACGGGAGCUCUCCGUUAACGUCUCUCUGGGUGUUUCUUGCGGGUUGCGGUUUUGUCCUGUUCUGUAUCUUUGCCGUGCAGCCAGGGAUGAAGUGGAUAGCAAAACGUUGUCCCGAAGGAGAACCGGUUAAAGAACAGUACGUGUGUCUCACGUUAGGUGUUGUUCUUGCUGCUAGCUUCGUCACGGACCUUAUUGGCAUUCAUGCGCUGUUUGGUGCGUUUGUGAUAGGAGUUAUCUUCCCUAAAGAAGGUAACUUCGCGAGUUCUCUGGUUGAGAAAGUUGAGGAUCUCGUGUCAGGUCUUUUCUUGCCGCUUUACUUCGUCUCAAGCGGUUUGAAAACAGAUGUGGCGACUAUACAAGGAGCUCAGUCUUGGGGACUAUUGGUUUUGGUUAUUUUUAAUGCUUGUUUCGGUAAAAUCGUCGGCACGGUUGCGGUUUCUCUUUACUGCAAGGUUCCACUUGACGAGUCAUUAGCACUCGGUUUCUUGAUGAACACGAAAGGUCUUGUUGAGCUCAUUGUCCUCAACAUUGGUAAAGACAGAGGGGUUUUGAAUGAUCAAAUCUUUGCUAUAAUGGUUCUAAUGGCUAUUAUAACCACGUUCAUGACGACUCCUCUGGUUUUAGCGGUUUACAAACCGGGUAAAUCCUCAACCAAAGGUGAUUACAAUAACCGAACGGUAGAGGAAACGAACCAGACCAACAAACCACUUCGUCUUAUGUUCUGUUUCCAAAGCAUAAUGAACAUUCCAACGAUCGUCAACCUCAUAGAAGCAUCACGAGGCACGAACCGUAAAGAAAGUCUACAAGUCUACGCGAUGCAUCUCAUGGAGCUUUCGGAGAGAUCAUCAGCUAUACUAAUGGCACACAAGGUCAGGAAAAACGGUCUCCCUUUCUGGAACAAAGACAAGUCUGGUAAUACUUCUUCUUCCGACAUGGUGGUGGUCGCGUUCGAGGCUUUCCAGAGACUCAGCCGUGUCUCAGUGCGUCCGAUGACGGCGAUCUCGGCGAUGGCGACUAUUCAUGAGGAUAUAUGCCGAAGCGCUGAACGCAAACGCGCCGCUAUGGUGAUUCUUCCGUUUCACAAGCACGUUAGGCUGGACAGGACGUGGGAGACGACAAGGAACGAGUACCGUUUGAUUAACAAGAAGGUUAUGGAGGAAGCUCCGUGUUCUGUCGCGAUUCUGGUUGAUCGUGGGCUUGGUGGUUCGACACGUGUCGCGUCUAGUGAUUUCACGUUGGUGAUAACGGUUUUGUUUUUUGGCGGGAGUGAUGAUCGCGAGGCGUUAGCGUUUGCGGUUCGUAUGGCGGAACAUCCUGGUAUAAGCUUAACCGUGAUUCUGUUUAUUCCUAGUGAGGAGUUUAAACCGGAAAACGUGAAGCUGGAGAUAACCGAAGAUCAAGCCGGUUCAUGUUCAGGGGAGACUAGGUUGACUGAUAUAGAGGCUAUAACCGAACUUAAAGCAAAGGUUAAAGAACAAGAAAGCUCUCGUUCUGAUUCAGAUAUCGAAUCUCGGAUCGUUUAUGAAGAUAAAAUCGUGAAAUGCCACGAUGAAAUCUGCGAGGUUAUAAAAGAAUAUUCUAAAAGCAAUCUUUUCUUGGUGGGGAAGUCACCGGAAGGUUCGGUGGCGUCAGGGUUAAACGUGGUAAGAAGUGACACGCCGGAGCUUGGGCCUGUCGGGAAUUUGUUAACUUCGAGUGAAAGUGUUUCAACGUCCGCGUCGGUGCUGGUGGUCAAACAGUACGUCGCAAGCCGUGAUUCUACGGCCGUCGGAGUUCUGAAGAACACCACAAAAGGAGUGUUGCCGGUUGAGGGUCUCGAGAGUCCUUAGAGGAUUGAUUGUCUUUGUGAUUCCAAGACUCGAAAGGUCAAAAGAUUUGGCUUGUAUAAUAACAUCUGUUUCAUCUUGUAAAAUAUUUAAUGUGAAUAUAUGA